CAAGUAUUUCUCUGGUAGUUUUUCAGAACUUGCCUGUCUGUCAGAAAAUAACCUUCUGUAGCUGAAGACGAAGUAAAUUUUUUCCAGUUAUUUCUUAAUUUUAAAGAUAUCGACAUGAAGUGCACAUUAGUAGCAUUAAUAGGACUUUGCUGUUUUGUGUAUACCAAUGCCACAUUUUUUACUGUAACAGACCAAGUGUUUUUUGACAUCACUGUUGGAAAUGAAAAAGCUGGACGCAUUGUGAUUGGGCUCUUUGGUCAAGAUGUCCCUAAAACAGUUGAUAACUUUAAAACUCUUGCCACAACUGGAGUUUCUGGAAAGACAUACUCUGGUUCUCAUUUUCAUAGGGUUAUUCGGAACUUUAUGAUUCAAGGUGGAGAUGUCAUCUCUGGAAAUGGGUUGGGUUCAAUCAGCAAAUUUGGAGAUUCUUUCCCAGAUGAAAACUUCAAGGCCAAGCAUGGAGCUGCAGGCUUUUUGAGCAUGGCCAAUUCUGGGCAAGACACAAAUGGAUCUCAAUUCUUUAUUACAUUGAUUCCUACUCCAUGGUUGGAUGGGAAACAUGUUGUCUUUGGAAAGGUUAUUGAGGGAAUGGAAGUUCUUAUGAGCAUUGGAGCUACAAAGACUGAUAACGGAGACAAACCCCUUAAGCGAGUAGUGAUCGAAAAAAGCGGAAUUGUGCCUCUGGCCAGUACCUUCCAAGUGUCCGAUGACCCACACGAGUAACCAAAAGAUGCUGAGCUGUUGAAAAGUUUAGCCGUCCAUUUUAUGUUGCGAUUCUAAGACUCCACUCCAUUUUAUGUUUUGGUUCCAAUCAGUAGUUUUUAGAGCUCUUAAUACAAAACCCAAUCAUGACCAA